AUGAAGAUCGCUACCAACAAUCCAAAAGGCGGCGCACUUCCAGUGCAGAUUCGUCUUCGUCCAGAAAUGCCCAUGCACGACGUCCCCAGCACCGCCAACCCGAGUCGACUCGGUCGGGUCAAGAAACAACAAGAAGGAGAGAAUACUCAAGUUCAAGGAGCAGAGCUGGAAGCGAAAAUGACACUCCGCAGCGACGACGGUCAAGAAGCCGAUCUCAAUCCAGGCGAAGGAUAA